AUGAAGUUCAUCACCUUGAGCUCGGCGCUUCUUGCGCUGAGCGAGACGGCAGCAGCCCGCCUGAGCCUCCGGAGCAACACCACGACUACCCGCAACACAACCUACGACUACAUCGUCGCAGGCGGUGGCACCGCGGGUAUCGUGGCCGCCGAGCGCCUCGCCAACUCGGGUCGCAGCGUCCUCCUCAUCGAGCGCGGCGGCACCUCCUUCUACAUGACCGGCAACAACAAGACCAUGCCGUGGAACAACACCGUCACCAUGUACGAUGUUCCCGGUAUGGCUGACUUCACUGGUGCAUCGCCGGACCUGCAGUACUGCAGAGAUCUUGCCAUUGCCGCGGGAUGUCUGCUCGGUGGCUCCACCAUGCUCAACGCACUCAUGUACAUCAAGCCUCGCUCGGCUGACUUUGCGACAUGGCCCGAGGAGUGGCACUGGGAGAAUGGUGUUUCGGAAGCCGCGGAGGAGUUCUACAAGCGUCUCCCUGGAUCUAUCCUGGCGUCUGAGGAUGGCAAGCGUUACGACGAUGGCGCCUUUGAGGUGAUGUCCAAGUUCUUGGAUGCCCACGGUUGGAGCGAGCAAGAUGCUCUGAACGAUCCUGAGUCUAAGGAGCUCAUGUACUCGCACCCUGCAUGGUCGAUCGCUCACGGUCUGCGCGACAGCCCCGUCCGCGCGAUCCUACCCGACGCCGAAGCCCUUCCUAACUUCACCCUGGAACUCCACUCCAUGGUCCUCCGCGCCAUCCGCGACGGCAGCCUCAUCACCGGUGUUGAGGUCGAGCACGACGGUGGAGCCCGCGAGAUCAUUAAGCUUAGCAAGGGUGGAUCUCUCGUCCUCGCCGCUGGCUCCCACUCUACCCCUCGUGUCCUCUUCAACUCCGGCAUCGGCCCCGCCAAGCAGAUCGAAAUCGUCGCCUCCGGCACCACCAACAUCCAGCUGCCGCCCAAGGAGCAGUGGAUCGACCUCCCCGUCGGCGAAAACCUCAAGGACCACGGCAUCGCCACCGUCACCUUCACCACCAAGGAGGAGCUUAUCGCGCUCCCUAAGACUGCGUGGACUGACCCUGACCAGGAGACUGUUGAUCUCUUUGCUCAGGGCAGCGGUCUCAUGGCUCAGGCUGGUCAGCGUCUUAACUUCUGGACCAGCGUCAACACUACCGAUGGCGCUACCCGUCACGUUCAGGGCACUGUUCGCGCUGAUAGCAACAACACCAUUGGCGUCAAGGUCUACCUGACCCACGGCACCACCUCCACCGGUACCGUCGAGAUCACCCCCAGCGGAGCGACCAACAUGACCAAGAACCCCCUCAUGCACACCGAAGGCGACAAGGAGGCUCUUACCACCUUCGUCGACCAGCUUCUCCAGUGGGCUCGCGAACCCAACAGCAUCCUUACCGUUCCCGAGAACGCAACCGCGGAGGCUCUCGUGGCUGCCAUUGGUGGUGGCAGCCAUUACCUUGGCACCACUCAGAUGGGCACUGUCAACGAUGGAAAGAGCGUUGUCGACCCUAACACCAAGGUCUGGGGUACUGACAACCUCUUUGUCGUGGACGCUAGCAUGCACCCCGAAGUUCCUACUGGCAACACGCAGGCCCCCAUCAUGGUGGCUGCUGCUUAUGCCGCCAAGAGAAUCUUGGACCUGGGCCUCGGCCUCGGGUGCUAG